ACCAUGUGAGAAAAUCAAACAAUAACAAAAGAAAAAGAAAAAUGGAGUCUUCAACCAUUCGAAUUUUAGUUAUUGUUGCAAUAAUCCACUUUCCUGUUCUUAUCGACAGUGCUGUUCGACAAUACAAGUUCGAUGUGGUAAUGAAGAAUGCAACUAUGUUAUGUUCGACAAAACCCAUUGUUACAGUCAAUGGUAUGUUCCCAGGUCCAACGUUGUACGCUGUGGAAGAUGAUACAGUGCUUAUCAAUGUCGUUAACCAUGUCAAUUACAAUGUCACCAUUCACUGGCAUGGUAUCAGGCAACUUCGAACAGGUUGGGCAGAUGGGCCAGCAUAUAUUACACAGUGUCCAAUCACGACAGGGCAAAGCUAUAUAUAUAAUUUCACCAUUACAGGCCAAAGAGGCACAUUGCUAUGGCAUGCGCAUAUUCUCUGGCUAAGAUCCACCGUCCACGGCGCCAUUGUUAUCUUGCCGAAGUGCUGUGUGCCUUAUCCGUUCCCGAAACCCGACAAGGAAGUGGUUGUCGUGUUGGCUGAGUGGUGGAAAUCCGACACUGAAGAUGUUAUCAAUGAAGCAAUCAAAUCUGGUUUGGCUCCUAAUGUCUCGGAUGCUCACACCAUAAAUGGCUUGCCAGGACCAGUCUCCGAUUGUCCUUCACAGGGUGGUUUCACGUUGCACGUUGAAAAGGGGAAGACAUAUCUACUGCGUUUAAUCAAUGCUGCUCUUAACGAAGAGCUCUUCUUCAAGAUCGCCGGCCACCAUCUCACCAUCGUCGAAGUCGACGCCACAUAUGUUAAACCCUUCAAAACCGAAACGGUGCUAAUAUCUCCGGGCCAAACCACCAACGUCCUUCUCUUCGCCGAUCAAAAACAAGGCAACUACUUGGUCACCGUGUCCCCUUUCAUGGACGCUCCCAUUGCUGUAGAUAACAUAACUGCAACAGCCACCUUAAACUACAUCGGAACACUCACAAACACCCCCACAAUUCUCACUACCCCACCGCUGGAAAACGCCACGACGGUCGCCACAAACUUCGUAAACUCACUCCGUUCCCUCAAUUCGAAACAAUACCCGGCCUCGGUACCUCGAACCGUUGAUUACAACCUUUAUUUCACCGUUGGACUAGGGUUGAACCCUUGUCCUACAUGCAAACCCGGUAACGGUAGCCGUGUGGUGGCGUCAAUUAACAACUUGACAUUCACAUUGCCUACUACGGCAUUGCUUCAAGCACAUUACUUCAACAUCAAUGGGGUUUUCACGACGGAUUUUCCGGCGAACCCGCCGUAUGUUUUUAACUACACCGGGACUCCACCGUCGAAUCUACAGACGAUGAAUGGGACAAAGGUUUUUAGGUUGGCUUAUAAUGCUAACGUGCAACUUGUUUUGCAAGGUACUGGGAUUGUAGCACCUGAGAAUCACCCAAUUCACUUGCAUGGAUUUAGUUUCUACGCCGUUGGGAGGGGACCUGGAAACUAUAAUCCGAUGACCGAUCCGAUGAAAUUUAAUCUUGUGGAUCCGAUUGAGAGGAACACUAUUGGGGUACCAUCUGGUGGAUGGGUUGCUAUUAGAUUCCGUGCUGAUAAUCCAGGAGUUUGGUUCUUGCAUUGCCAUUUGGAAGUGCAUACAACAUGGGGGCUUAAGAUGGCAUUCUUGGUGGACAAUGGAAGAGGUCCUAACCAGUCACUUCUUCCACCUCCGAUUGAUCUUCCGAAAUGUUGAAACCGGGAAACUAUCGACGACGACACCAAGAUUUUCGAGUUCGGAAGAGAUUGCAGUUUUUUUCUUUGUUUUUGUAUAAGCCAAUGGUUUUAUUUGUCCAAAUGAAAAGCAGCAAAGAGCUGCUACAUUACACCGUUCUAGCCAAUUUGGCUUACAAAACAAAUACAAUUAUCUUGUACAUUAUCUCUUUAUCUAUUUCAAUUCGACUUUUAUAA